AUCAUCCAAACGAUUCAAAUGUGAAUGUGUUAUCUUUUACCGAUUUUUUUAAAAGAAGUUUUCUAAAAGAUUUUCUAAAAAUUUUUAAUUAAAAUUAGGAUUACAUAGAACGUACCCACGACAACAGAUCCAUGUACGAUAUAUGUUGAGUUAAAAUAUUCAAACGAUCGACACACACAGAUGGUGAAGUUUAAUAACUUAUGAAAAAUAUAUAACGGAUUUAAUUCUACUGCUUAUUAUGAUGAAACGUUUGAGGAAAUUUUUAUACUUUUGUGUUUCAUUGUUGCACGUUUGUCAUAUACACGGAGAAAUAUUUUCAUCUGUAUAUAAACUGUCUAUAAUAUCCAAGGAGGAAGGAAAAUUACUGUCAGCUUUUAAUAAAUACAUAUCUACACAAGCCAGAGAUCAGAAAUCAAUAUCGUUUGAGCUUCAAAGAUUAUUAAAUGACCUAGAACCAAUAGUAACAGAGAGUUUUCAGGAUCCAAGAUAUGCAGAACAUCCAAUAAAUGCCUUCCACUUGAUAGGUCGAUUUGUUUAUAAAUGGCCAGUUGUUUAUAGCAGUAUUCUAUGUGAAGAUUGUACAUUAGACGAUGCUGCAUCAGAUUUAAAUGCAACCUAUCAAGUUGUUACUAGAAAAAUUGGUCACUGGCCAGAUGAGUACGACGUUCAAGCAUCAGCACAGGCGUUAUUACGCCUGCGCACGUUUUAUUAUUUCAACAUCGACGAGGCAAUCAAUGGUGUUCUUUUUGAUGAGCAUUGUCAACCGCUUAAUCCGUCACAGAUACUCAAGAUUGUUAGUAUAGCUAAAGACAGCAGCAUGCUGAAUGAGGCAAGACUUUGGAGUGAAGCUUUACUGCGCAGACUUCCGUUUACUUCCUUCCUAGACGAAAAUGUAAACGAGGCUUCAAUCCUUAAAGUAGUGUCGUCCAUAUAUGAACAGGCAGGGUUGCAUCAUAAAGCAUUAGCAAUUUUAGGGAGUUUAAUCACAGAUGAACACAACGAAGUCUUAAACGAAAAUGAACAAAUUGAUAUUAACGAGGAGGAGGAAGCCGACAUAUCGUUUGUUAGAGAGGAAUAUGAUGAUGCUUAUAAACAGUUAUGUAGAGAGAACCAAAAAACUCCAAAAGAAUCAUCGAAACUCUACUGUUAUUUAAGUAGUACAGUUAUACCAUAUUACAAAGGAAAGGUAGAAAUUGCUAAUCUUCAACCCAAAAUAUUUUUAUUCCAUGACGUCAUAUCAGAGAGAGAAGCACUGCAUCUACGUAAUGAAGGCAGCAAAGAGUUUCAUAGAUCCAAGCUUGGCCAGGGACAACUCAGCGGUUCAGAGGUAGAUAAAACAAGAGUGAGUGAAACCGCAUGGUUGCAUGAUAAACCCGGAAUAGUUAUAAGGGCGACACAGAGAGUUGGACUGCUUACAGGUUUAAAAACGAAAUCAUCUCCAUUGCUCAGCAACACCGAACCAUUCCAGAUAGUGAAUUAUGGGAUAGGAGGAAUGUAUAACCCACAUUAUGAUACUUUUGAGAAACCAUUAUGGGGUCCAAUAAGUGAAGAUGAACCAGAUGAUUUGAGGGGAACGGGUGAUAGAAUAGCUACCUGGCUAUUUUAUUUAAAUGAUGUUAAAGUUGGUGGAGCAACAGUAUUUCCAAACAUAAAUACUCGGAUUCCUGUUAUUCAGGGAGGUGCUGCCUUCUGGUAUAAUUUACUACCUAGUGGACUAACUGAUAAUAGAACAGUUCACGCAGGCUGUCCAGUUGUAAUUGGGUCUAAAUGGGUUGGUAACAAGUGGAUACGUGAAGCUGGCCAGAUGUUCAGGAGACCGUGCGAUCUACACCCGUAAUAGUCUUUCAAUUACCAACAACGAUUUUCUGCACAAUACUAAUUAAUGAACUUAAUAAGUGAAACUCGUAUUAAUUUUGAACUGUAUGUUUGCAGCUUAAAAUUCAAUAUAUAUUGAAUAGGAUUAAUAUUUUGAAAAAAUAACUAGUUUUUUUCCACGAGAGCAAGUUAAGAAGGAUAUGAACAUUAUUUUUUUUCGCGAUUUUUUCGUUUUGGUACUGUUUGUAUAGCCGACAGGAACUAGCCUUCUUUGUAAAAGGAAUUACGGACUUGGAAACUGCGUUUGUUAAAACUUGAUGGUAACGGGUUUGCCAUAUGAAAUUGAAAUUUUAUUCUGAUAUGAAUAGAAAGUUCAUAUACUUGCUAAGUUUCAAGAAGGGCAAUUUUACUUUUUUACAUUACCUUUCU